GACACCUUGCUCUUUAACUUGGAGGUCUCCAUUGUUCCUCCUCGGCUCGGCGUGGGAGCUCCAUUUGCUCCGAGAGGGUCGUGGUUUUCGCUUUGGGCGAAGAAGCCUCAUCAAAGAUCCCCACACCAAAGCCCCUAACAGUUCCAUCCCUUCGAUCCCCACGCCCAUAAUCGAAGGACCCCACAACCCCAAUCCCCUCCCAAGAACCUCUCGCUUCCCCCUCCCCCUGUGCAAAUUCCUCUUUCCCCAAUUCCAGCUGAGCAGCACCCGUUUCUGGGUUCCCUCAAGAACGCCGCGUCUCGUCGCGGGAAUCGGUGGUUCGAGGUGAAUCCGGGAGGGGGAUGAUGUUGCCCCAGUUGGGUCGAGGUUGAAUUGCGCUGAGAGGUGGUGUCCGUGGUGCGGUCUGUGGUGGUGUCUGUGGGGGAUGAUGAUGGAAGGGAGGAGGAUAUUGGCGAACCCUAGGCCGUGCUCCGGCCGGAGGGUCGUCGCGAAGAAGAGGCCGCGCGGGGAGGGGUUCGUGAACAGCGUGAAGAAGCUGCAGAGGCGGGAGAUUCGGUCCAAGAGGGAUCGCGCGUUCAGCAUGAGCAAUGCCCAGGAGAGGUUUCGCAACAUGCGAUUGACGGAGGAAUACGAUACCCAUGACCCCAGUGGACAUUGUUCACCUGUAUUGCCUUUCCUGAUGAACAGGACAAAGGUUAUUGAGAUAGUGGCUGCACAUGACAUCGUCUUUGCCCUUAACCAUUCGGGUGUUUGUGCAGCUUUCAGCAGAGAAUCAAACGAAAGGAUAUGUUUCUUGAAUGUUACACCUGAUGAAGUCAUUCGGAGUUUGUUUUACAACAAGAACAAUGAUUCACUUAUUACAGUUUCAGUAUAUGCAUCUGACAACUUCAGCUCCUUGAAAUGCAGAUCUACAAGGAUUGAAUACAUAAGGAGGGGCCAACCGGAUGCUGGAUUUGCUCUUUUUGAGUCAGAAUCCUUGAAGUGGCCUGGCUUUGUGGAGUUCGAUGAUGUAAAUGGGAAGGUUCUUACUUACUCAGCGCAAGAUAGUAUAUACAAGGUCUUUGACUUGAAAAACUAUACAAUGUUGUAUUCCAUCUCAGACAAGCAUGUGCAAGAAAUAAAAAUCAGUCCAGGUAUCAUGCUACUGAUUUUUAAUAGAUCUACUAGCCACGUUCCCCUUAAGAUACUGUCAAUAGAGGAUGGGACAGUCCUCAAGGCCUUCAACCAUCUACUUCAUCGUAAUAAGAAGGUGGACUUCAUAGAACAGUUCAAUGAGAAGCUGCUGGUCAAGCAAGAAAAUGAGAAUCUCCAAAUACUUGAUGUUCGGAAUGCUGAAGUGAUGGAAGUUAGCCGGACGGAAUUUAUGACUCCAUCAGCAUUCAUCUUUCUUUAUGAGAAUCAGCUGUUCUUGACAUUUAGAAACAGAACUGUCUCGGUAUGGAACUUCCGUGGCGAGCUCGUGACUUCAUUUGAGGAUCACCUUCUGUGGCAUCCGGAUUGCAACACUAAUAACAUCUACAUAACAAGCGAUCAGGAUCUCAUAAUUUCUUACUGCAAGGCUGAUUCUGACGAUCACUGGGCAGAAGGGAAUGCUGGGUCAAUCAAUAUCAGCAAUAUCUUGACUGGGAAAUGCCUGGCAAAGAUAAAUGCGACUAAUGGCAGUCCAAAGGUCGACGAGUGUAGCAGUGAUGGCGGGAACACGAAGAAGAUGAAGUUGCUUGGCGGGAAGUUGAAGAAGCAAAAGCUGCUGAGCCACUCUCAGAGGAUGAGAAGCACGGUCUCAGAGGCCCUGGAGGACAUAACUGCACUUUUCUACGACGAAGAACGGAAUGAGAUAUACACUGGCAACCGUCGUGGCUUAGUGCAUGUAUGGUCUAAUUGAAGAACUUGUCAAUUCAGUUGGAAGUGUGGAGAGCCUGCGAAAAAGGGCGUUGCCUGUAGAAAAGCUGUGAUGCUCCCCGAGCGCCCUUUGAUGGGCGAUGGCUGCAAAGCACGUAGGAGUAUAUUCAAAGUGCAGUCCGUGUUGUAACAUUAAUAGUUCUCUUAGAUUUGUUUGAUGAUAGCCUAUUGAAGAUCUGUUGUAUUUCAGGGUAGAAUGCUAAUAUCAAAUGCAGAUAUCAAGACAUGUAUGUUUCAGAAACUCCUGCAAGAUUCUUCGAUCUGUGUCAUCGGUUCGAUAUUUGCCCUGUUA